UGCGUCAGCCACUAGUUAAGCUAGAAGAUCUAGCAUCAGACAUGAAAACAGCGGGUGAAUUACAGAGAAGCUUUCAUUACAUCGGAAACAACAAAGAAAGACGAAAAAAUUAGCAAGAAUUUGUAGUAGAAAUAAGUUCCGGAAAAAAUAAAUAAGACGAGAUAAUAAGAAUUUUCGAUUUUUUUUUUAACAAAAAAUGAAGUCGCAAAGCCAAGAUUUGUAAUUAAGCAAACAUUUUUUUAAAGUUUGACAACUUUUCGAAUAAAUAUGCGGCUUCCAAUAUCACGAUUUUUCCAUAUUUUCAUGAUUCAAUUUUGGUCAGAAAAAAUCUGUUUUAUGCGGAAUGUUGAUUUUUUAUCGACGCGUUAAUACUAAAUUAGGCGAGCGGGAUUCCUGUGGUUGGGCUUCCUGUGGAUGGAUAGUUGUGACGUCACAGGGGACCCAGUAAGAGCGCCUUACUGGGUAGAUGCCAGUAAGAAGGCCCAGCCCUUAACAGAUCGUUGGGACAAAAAAGAUUUGGAACUUUUCUACAAAAUCUAACAAUAACUUGUAAAUAUUCAACUUCCUGUAGAGAUCACACCUCGCUCCUUGAAAACCAGGGGACACCAUCUUAAAUAUAGGCAGCUACCUAGCAGACAAAUAUUACGCAUACAAACGCAUACAAAUAUUCAUUUUUCACCCGAAGUAUCCCUAUGUGGAAUAGUCUACCAGGCACAGCAGUCAAGGCUAAAGAUCUCACGGCCUUUAAGGCAGGCCUUUAGCUGGCCACUCCAUUGCAAUUAGCCUCAGCUAAAUGCAAUCAUACCAUUUAAAGAUUAAAGAAUAUGUAACCUUUGUUACGUGUUUCUUGGUACCAAACUUCCACAUUUGUCGUCUUCUUUGUCUGAAUAUCGAGACACAUUUGUCGUCUUCUUUGUCUGAAUAUCGAGACACAUUUGUCGUCUUCUUUGUCUGAAUAUCGAGACACAUUUGUCGUCUUCUUUGUCUGAAUAUCGAGACACAUUUGUCGUCUUCUUUGUCUGAAUAUCGAGAAAAGAAACUGAGGCAGGCCGGUCGCUUCCAAUGGCAACGAAAAAACAUGAUAACCAAACGUUUGUCACCUCAUGCUAUAAUAAUGUCUAAACUAAACCUAAAACAUUAUCUACAUAAAUUUAUGCUUUUUUUCUAUACCAAGUACAUAACGUAAGCAUAAUAUAAAAAGUGCUCAUGACGUCACUUUGUCACAAUAUUUCAUACUCAAAGCUGCUCAUUUGAACUGUCUGUCAUAAAUUUCCACAAACUUUAGAUAAGAAGUAUAGCCUUCGUCAUCUUUCUUACAAAAAAACUAAUUUUCGGGUCUUGACCAUGGGCUAUAAGGCUUGCUGAUUACAACAAACAAAUACUACAAUCAUUUAAAAAUAUAACAAUCCAGACUUUUCAUUUGUUAUGUUUACUUAUAUAUAUAAAAGCGUGUUGAUAAAAGGCCCAACACAAAAUUUAAUCAUUAAUAUGUCAAUUUGCAUUUUUGUAUUUGAGUACUCGGUCAUCUAAGUGUUAUUAUUUAACACGUUCUGUGUACAUAACAGAGAUAGCAAUCCGUGACUAAUAGAACGUCAGUAUACUAACUUGACACUUAAGAACUUCCGAAAGAAAAUAACCAACACAUUGUGUUCACAUUUAUUUCUGGCGUAGAAGUAUUCGAGCAUGGCUGCUCUUUUUGGAGAGAAUGCCCAACUCUUGAACAUCUCCAUAGAAGAAGUUUACGCCCAGAUAGAGAAUGUGAUAUAUAGCCUUCACUUUGGAGAAAUCAUCGGCAUAAUCACCAUUACCACUCUUCCUUUUACAGUCCUCGCAAACGCCUUGAUCUUGAUCUCGUUCUGUUGGGAUCACUUCAAGGAAAUCCGUAGACGUCCUUCCAAUUUAUUCGUCGCUAGUCUUGCACUCACGGAUGUGCUAGUGGGACUCGCGGGGCCCUUGCGAUCUCUCUUUGUUCUCCCGGGUUUCAAGCCUUACAGACGCACGGGAGGAGCAGUAGUUCAUGUGUUGGGGAACAUGUUGCUAACUACCUCAGCAAUGCACGUCUUAUUUCUAAGUCUUGAUAGGUGCGUCGCCAUAACGUGGCCGCUGUCUUAUAACACACGGGUAACCCGACGACGCGUGGCUGUCUCCAUAGCGGUUAUCUGGAUGUACUGUAUAUCACUUGCAGUUCUUCAACUUACUUUGUGCGAGCACCUUUUCAUUCUCAAUUCGAUUUUCAUCGCUAACAUUAACUUAGUGGCUUUUGGCAUAACGUUGCUGUUUCUUGUAGCGGUGUAUUCAUUGAAAAAGCAUCACAACGUAGUGCUGGGAGGAAAUCAAAAACCGUGUGACAACCACCUCUUGGUCAUUCGGAAGCGUGAGAGAAAUUUCACACGGACGUUUACUGCACUGCAGGUUGUUUUCAAAGUCUGCUAUUUACCUAUGGUCUUCGUGUGGACUCUUCUCUUCAUAUGCUCAACUUGUAGUCCAACCAUCUUGGUUGGUUUCCUUGCCGUGAGCAUUGUGUUGGUAAACAUCAAUUCGUGUUUGAAUCCGUGGCUGUACGCCUACAGAAUGCCCAAAUUCAAGAAGAUGAUUCGACUGGUUCGAACAAGAAUAUUUCAUGCGUGUCGUCUCAAAAAUUCUGUGCAGACUCAGAAAGAUAUUACUGCAAAUAAACUCAGCAGCCAAAUAGAAACUAAGCUAUAAUCGCUACCGUCCAGCAGCAAAAACAUAUUAAUAAAAAAAGGCUAAACUACUUUGAAUAUCCAGCAAAAACAAAGAAAAACUUACAUAAUUAUAAUAUAUAUUACACACUUUUCUUUUUUAUAAUAACCUUUUUUUAUAAGAACGUCCAGCCUGAGAUUCCACGAAAUUUUAAGAACAUGCUAAGAACGUACCGAGUCUCAGAAAUCAGAAAAACUGAUUGCUUUUUUAGUCGUGAUGCGUUCUAAAAUGCAGAAUCAAAUUGUGCUCAUAAUAAUUUUUUUUUCCAGUUCACAUCAUGUCAUUUAUUUAAUAUCAUAUUCAUACUGAAUUGAAACAUAUAUAUGUAUAUUUAUAAUCUUGGUAUUUAGCAACCUAGCUUUACCGAGCAAAUAAACUGAAACUGAAAUAACAACCUUAUAUAUUAUUGCUAUUCAUCAUUAAAAUAAAAAAAAAGAACGGCCCAGCCUGAACUGAAAAUUAGACGUUCAUAUAAAAAAAGAGUGUAUUAAAAUAUAUAUUCCAUCGAAUAUUUCCUAAUCUUCUCCACUGGGUGUGCUAAACAUUCUUCAAUUAUUACAGUUAUGAAAACAAAACAGAGACGAGAGACGUGACCGUUAACGAAAUAGCCAGUGGGCAUUCUAAGUUUGUACAAUUGUUGUUAUUAAAAAAAUGUUAUUAGGAGAGAAAGAAGUAGCCAAAGCUACGGUGAUGGGUGAUGCAGUGGUUAGGAUGCAAAAGAAAAAAAUCUGUUAGAAAUACUGAUAAAGGAAAAAAAGGAAUAUACUUUAACGGGGACACUCUAAGCCCAGUUUUUGUGUGUGUUUUCUUAAAUUAUUGGUGGAUAUGCAAAAUUGUUUUUUUUAUCAUUUCUCACGCGACCAUUAUAUUGCUAGGAAACCAUAAGAACAAAAAAUUAACAAAAGGGAUAAAAGCAGUCAACCACUAUAACUUUAUGCUUCAUACAUUAAUUAUUAAUCUUGUUUGAAAUAAAUGCUCGCAAAUUAUAAGACAUAGAGUACAGUCAUCCUGGGAAACCCAAACGUUUCACGUUAGAGGAAAAUACCCCUGGGUUUCCGAGGAUGGAGUACAGUCUGAUAUUAAAAAAUCUGAGAAAC